UGCCUCACAUGACUGCAUCUCAGUCACCAGGACUCAAGUUGAGGAACCUGAAAAAGUGUAAAGUGUGGCCAAGUUUUCGUGUAUUAGAUGAGCGCUCUAUUGUUUACUGUUUACUAUUGUUUACAAUGUUUGUUGUUUACUAGUUGUCCUAUACGCAUGACGAGUGUGGUGGUGUGAGGUGUGUACGACACUUGCACGAAGAUGGAUGGCAGGUUACUGGAAGACUGCAGUAAUUCAGACGACGACCUCCUGGCGGCAUUCCACACACUUAUGCAAAACGACCUCAACGACACUGUUAAUGACACGACAUCGACGACUAGGUGGUCUUCUGAACAGCUGCUAGCGUCUUGUCAGGCCUUGCUAGACGACAACUCUGAGGCAACCACUGGGGAAACGCCCCUACCUGCUGGUACUGGACAAGUGGUUUGUCUACCUACUGGUACUGGUCAAGUGGUGUGUCUACCUGCUGGUAUUGGACAAGUGGUGUGUCUACCUACUGGUACUGGACAAGUGGUUUGUCUGCCUGCUGGUACUGGUCAAGUGGUGUGUCUACCUGCUGGUAUUGGACAAGUGGUGUGUCUACCUACUGGUACUGGACAAGUGGUGUGUCUGCCUGCUGGUACUGGACAAGUGGUGUGUCUACCUACUGGUACUGGACAAGUGGUGUGUCUACCUGCUGGUACUGGACAAGUGGUUUGUCUGCCUGCUGGUACUGGACAAGUGGUGUGUCUACCUGCUGGUACUGGACAAGUGGUGUGUCUACCUGCUGGUACUGGACAAGUGGUGUGUCUACCUACUGGUACUGGACAAGUGGUGUGUCUACCUGCUGGUACUGGACAAGUGGUUUGUCUGCCUGCUGGUACUGGUCAAGUGGUGUGUCUACCUGCUGGUAUUGGACAAGUGGUGUGUCUACCUACUGGUACUGGACAAGUGGUGUGUCUGCCUGCUGGUACUGGACAAGUGGUGUGUCUACCUGCUGGUACUGGACAAGUGGUGUGUCUACCUGCUGGUACUGGACAAGUGUGUCUACCUGCUGGUACUGGACAAGUGUGUCUACCUGCUGGUACUGGACAAGUGUGUCUACCUGCUGUUGAUAGUCAUACCCCUCACACUCUUCUACAAGACUCAACAUGUGUUAUUUCUAGUGAGCCAGGUGGCUCAUGUGUGUCUACACCCACGACACAGUUGUUGCCUGUGUCAGUAUGGUCACCACGUGCUUCCAACACCCAGUCACCAGCAGAGUCACCACCAGGUCACCCAUCACCGCAAGAGAAAUCAUUAGAAUACGAAACACCGGCAGGAAGGAAGCAGCAGUUACAGCCUUUCUGCUUGCUACAGUCAGCAACAGUGUGUUUGACCCAGCAUGGUAACACUGCAUCAACAGUGUUGCCAGCACACUGCCUUCAUGGGCCAGACAAGUCGCUAGAAUCUGAAAGCGAUGACAGUGUCGUAUGUAAUGCUAAAGGAAUAGCUGAUAGAGGGGGAGGAGACCAGGCUGUCACAAGAACCUUGUGUUGUACCUCAGAGUCAUAUCAACCUCUGGUGAAGGUAGAGGAGAGACAUGAGUGCCAGAGCCAGUCAUCUCGACCUCUGGUGAAGGUAGAGGCGGGACGUGAGUGCCAGGGCCAACACAUCCUGGCAGUGGCACAUCUCUCUCACCAGUUUUGUGAUAUAUGCAGUGUACGUGGCACCAGUGCAACAACCUAUGGUGGUACCGGCUUGUGCGUCUCCCCGGCGCCCUCUCAGUGCCAUAUACACUCAGGUUCACCUCACACUCAUUGUUGUCACCUCAUGUCUAACACCUGUGAGGUGGAAGUCACUGGUCUUCACUCCGUUACUUACAGUAACACUUGUUACUUCCCUGCUACUUCCGUUACCUCAUCUACUGCUGCUCCCUGGUUGUCUGCUGGUAGUAACAGUGUUACUACUGCUGCUCCCUGGUUGUCUGCUGGUGGUAACAUUGUUACUGCAGCUGCUCCCUGGCUGUCUGCUGGUCGUAACAGUGUUACUAGUGCUGCUCCCUGGCUGUCUGCUGGUAGUAACAGUGUUACUACUGCUGCUCCCUGGUUGUCUGCUAGUAGUAACAGUGUUACUACUGCUGCUCCCUGGCUGUCUGCUGGUGGUAACAUUGUUACUGCAGCUGCUCCCUGGCUGUCUGCUGGUCGUAACAGUGUUACUAGUGCUGCUCCCUGGCUGUCUGCUGGUAGUAACAGUGUUACUAGUGCUGCUCCCUGGCUGUCUGCUGGUAGUAACAGUGUUACUAGUGCUGCUCCCUGGCUGUCUGCUGGUAGUAACAGUGUUUCUACUGCUGCUCCCUGGCUGUCUGCUGGUAGUAACAGUGUUUCUACUGCUGCUCCAUGGCUGUCUGCUAGUAGUAACACUAUUACUACUGUCACACUUACUGUAUCAACAGCUCUUCUGUGUCAGGAUAAUCCCCUCGGUACACAGUCUGGUUUCCGUGAAUGUGUCAGCCUAUAUUUACCACAUGCUCAUGCUUACUCGAGUGACUGUAAGAGAGGUGAGGAGGACGGGUGUGAGCAGGAGACAUGCUUGAGUACAGGUACAAGUAACGGGCGUGAGCAGGACACAUGCUUGAGUACAGGUACAAGUAACGGGUGUGAGCAGGAGACAUGCUUGAGUACAGGUACAAGUAACAGGUGCGAUCAGGAGACAUGCUUGAAUACGGGUACAAGUAACGGGUGUGAGCAGGAGACAUACUUGAGUACCGGUAGAGGUAAGAAGGAUGGUUUGAGGGCUACGGGCGAGUAUGAAAGUGGCACUAGAUCGCUAGAUGAUGCUGAGGCACUUGCUGACACUUGGCCCCUUGACACCAGCCUGUCCUCCUCUAGUGGCUCUCAUCCAAGCCUCGAUAAAACUUUUGCAAGAGAGCUCCUACAUUCUGGGGAGCCAGCCUUGAAUUUCAAGACGUGUGGUUCUGGUGACGUUGGUAGUGAGAAUAGGGGAGGUAGUGGGUGCUUCUGCUGUCAGAUCUCUGCUGCUGAUGCUGACUGUGGCACUGAUGCUGAGAAUGAGCACAGGUCCAGUAAGUUUUCACCUUCACAUAUCCUCCGGCAGCGUAACCUCUCCUACGAGGCAUCAGCUGAUGCUGGUAGACCUACCAGUGAAGAUGAAAGCAACAGAGCAAGUGUGUUGGCAGUACAGUUAUUACGUGGACAGUGUGCGGCCCUGUGCCAAGAUGUGUUGGCCAGAGAUGUGCCAGGUCACACUGCCUGCAUGGAGCCUCAUAUGCAGGGUUUAUUAGUAGUAUGUGAGCGGCUGGCAGGGCGGAGCCUGGGUUGUACAGUGUGUGGAGAUAAGUGCUACAACACGCGGGGCACUCUCUCCGGCACUCUACAACCAUGGCACUCAGCUACUUGUAUGGGGGCAUGGGAUAACAUCAAUGCAGAGUGCUUCUUCAUACCCAGCAGAGAGGGCAAUGGUAUCCUGAACCCUGGCCAGGAGGGCAAGUGGGUUGAACGUGAGUGUAGUGCCCAGGGUGUCGUUACACAUUCAUCUACACAACGACAGCUGGUGCCAGAGCUCAGACGCCGGGAGGAGCCAGCUGUUGAUAAGACGGAGGAGCAAAGAUCUGUGUUGUUGCGGAAAAAGUAUGGGCGGACCACACCUCAAACUUCGUCCCCAGUGCCCCAGGAACUGUGCCAUCACCAGCAAGUGCCAUCCACGGGUGUGUGUCGCCUUGUCCACUCCUGCCCUCACCUCUUCUACUACGACAGGCGGCACACUGUAGCUCCCAUGGCUGCCACUUUCACUGACGGUGGUGCUGGACUAAGAAAAGCUGGCCGAGGAGGUACCACUGUCAUCCACCUAGAUGACAGUGACCAUGGCGCCCGUCUGAGAGACCUGUUUCACUCACCUGUGGACAACAGUGACCAUAAUGCUCGUCUGAGAGAUCUGUCUCACACUGUUAAGGACCACUCAGAUGGGGAUGACAUCUCUAGACUUCCCUGUUGGAUAGGUGUUCCAUCACAGACAGGUGUUCCAUCACUGACAGGUGUCCAAUCACAGACAGAUGUUUCAUCGAAGACAAGUGUCCCAUCACAGACAGGUUUACAUAAGCAAGACGACACAGCAGACACUGUGACAGGUAUUGUACACCAGGUGCAAGAACAUGCUCAGGCAGAUAUUGAUACAUGUGUUUUAGUGGAAACAAUACCUGACGUGGUGGAAUAUGACCAAACUCAUACGAGGGAGGAGUGUGCCGGUAACAGUGACGUGGGUGGUGGAAGUAUCAUUAACAGUGACGUGGGUGGUGGAAGUAUCAUUAACAGUGACGUGGGUGGUGGCAUUACCAUUAACAGUGACGUGAGUAGUGGCACUACCAUCAAGAGUGACGUAGGUGGUGGCACUACAAUCAAGAGUGACGUGGGUGGUGGCACUACCAUCAAGAGUGACGUGGGUGAUGGCCCUACCAUCAAGAGUGACGUGGGUAGUGGCACUACCAUCAAGAGUGACGUGGGUGGUGGCACUGUCAUUAACAGUGACGUGGGUAGUGGCACAGAUAUUAUCAACAGUGAUGAUACUACAAGUUUAAUAAAGACACUUGUUUUACCUAGCCCCCCACAGUCUCCGUUGGAAUGUGUAGUUCCCGUAAGUGUUGUGUGUAGCAGUCAUCAAUGUUCUGCUGAUGCUGCCUACGCACCCUUCCCUCCUCCCCGUGUCCCUUACCCCAGUGUUUCUCCCCUCACUAUCCCUCCCCUCACUCCUAGUCUGGUUUAUCCUCAACAGCUGGCCCCGCUAUCACCACCACUGGAGGCACUAUGGGUGCCUCCCACGUGUGUUAUGAAGGGGAGCAGCGGCACUAUGGAGUGCCAGGCACCUCAUUCCUCCGUGGAGGCAACACAAGCGUCUACUACACACCUCCCAGGAUCGCUGGCCCUGCAAGGCUGUACUUUACCUAAAACAUUACUCCUUGCAUCGUAUCAUGAUGAUUGUUUAGCUGACACAAAGGCAAACCCUCAGGGUGAGGAACAGGUUGACACACUGCCUGACUCAGGGGCUGACAGUUGUGAAGUGGUGAAGGAAGGUGAAGUGAACAAAGGUGUUGGUAAUGUAGUGACUGAGAUUUGGAUGAGGAGAGAGCAAGUAGGAUGUGUGUCUGCCUCUGCACUACCUGCUCUGAGUUCAUCUGCUGCUCUGAGUUCACCUGCUGCUCUGAGUUCACCUGCUGCUCUGAGUUCACCUGCUCACACUCUCAUGCCCUGCUUUGCUGGCGCACCUCUUGUGUCACCCUGCAUAGGUGAGUCAGGGAGUAGCAGUGACGUCUGCAGUGACGUGUGGGGCGGUAUCAGCCAAGAUUACUCCAGCUCUGAACACUGCCUCAAAGAACAUCACUACCAACACGUCUUCCUCGGGAGGCAGAGUGAGUGUGAGGACAAGUUGGGGCAGGGAUCUGGGCUGGUCCAUGCCCGCCCAGCUAUCGUAUUAGAGGAGUGCCCUGACGAUACCCUAGCAGGUACUGUACCAUCUUGCUUGCCUCUCUCUCACACUCGCACUUUGAGUGAGCAGUCUCGCUGUCUGCUAGAACAUGUACCGUGUGAGACAACGCCACUGGGGUGCUGCUGCGACCUGGUCUCCUGGCAGCGUGGGCAGGAGUGCCAAGUGCCACAGCAGGCUGGCACUGGCGGCAGGUCGGCGGGCAGUUGUGGUUAUGGCGUGGUGGGUGCGGCACACCUCGCUUGCUGCCCAGAGGAAGUGAUUGGCUCACUUCUGGUGCUUGUGGGGGACGUGUUAUGGUACUAUCCUCUCUACGGCACUGCUCAUCAGUGCCACUAUGAUGUUAAUGAUAGGUGGAAACUAGUGUUGGCAGGCCAGGGCUGGCACGCCGCUAUAAAUAGCGUGGGAGAACUAGUGAGCAUGAGUAGGGACAACAGUAUGGCGGGCUCUGCGCCCCCCUGCCCUCCUACCAGUGCCAUGAGUGACACACAUGACACCCCCAGGAUCCCCAGUUCGAUAUACGGGUUCAAAGUUGACGCCAAAGAGCAGGUGAAGGUGAAGAACUUAGUGCCAUUGUUCGCCAGUAACAAGAGCUCAUCAACACGAGACUUGACCAACAAUGUGACUUUCCGGGUGAAGGAAGACUCAAGCUGGCAGAGACAGCGAGCCAACAGGAACUCUGACAUGGGUGACAUGUGGAUGUACCGCAGCUGUGACACCAGGAGCAGUACCCCGGGACCACAAGAUGACGCUGACGGUGCCUUCAUCAAACUUUGUGGUGUCAACUUGGGCUCCCGUCCUGCCUCCCCCGACCCAUACCCGCUCUUCCGAUGCCAUACACUGCCACGGAAAGUGCCACACUACAGACAGUCGUCGCUAUCCCCGUGCCCACAAGAAGUAGUAUUAGCAACAACUACCUGCAUAGACACAGCUAUGGCUGCAGCAGAGCCAACGUUGCAGCAGUGUACAGCAUCAGUUCAGCAGACACGAGAGAGAAAACUUGGCAGAAGCAACUUGGCUACACACACACCUGUUGAUGUAUAUUAUGAUACUGAGGUGGAAUGUGGUGGUGUAGGGGAGGAGUUUGGGGGUGAUGGUGUGGGGAGGGAGGCAGGGAUGGAGUGUGGGGGUUGUGGUGGGGUGGGAAGGGAGGCGCAACACACUUCGUUUACGCCUUGGUCACCCACUUCGCAGUUUCCCCAGUGGUCCUCUGUGUCUUCCACUCCUGUGCCAGCCUCCAGCACAUCCAGUGCCGGCCAUUCCUCUCUCCACACACCAGCUGCUUUUUCCCGGAGCGUGCCGGGUGCCCCUGUACAAAGAGAUACCUGUGGAAACGCUACUCCUCGACCCUAUACUGGAGCCCCUACUAGCCAAGUAACACGUUCUUUGCUGUCUGACACAAACGUUCCUGGUGAAGCUCUUUACAGUGGUGUCUUGGAAGGGGUAGUAAACGAGAGAUCUAAAUUAGAGGCCUCGCACACAUCACCUGCCUGGGAGGUGGGGCUGACGCCCUCCCAGCAGGCACGUAAUGACAGGGCUGUUAGGGCCCUCGUAUGUAACACAGAUACUAAUAACUUCACGUCUGUGUCGCAACGUGCCACUGCCCCUGGAAAUGUCAGUGGGGUACCUGGUGAAGAGAACACUAGCACAACCUCUUGUCUUCCCACCUCAACAAAUGGCCAUAACAUCACUGCCACAGUUAGAUCUACAGCUAAAGAAAGUAGCGCUGGAAGUGAAACAUCCGUAGGUGCUACCUACAGCAACGCCACUACCUCACACAUGACUCCACCAGGCACAAGGCCUAAUACCGUUCAUCAAGUGCAGUCAGAUGAGUCCAGGUGUGCAGCAUCAGCAGUACUUGGAGACAUGUCUUCCCAGGAUGCCGUGAUGGAGACCGACACAGUGCAUUACCACGGUGAAGGAGAACCACAAAGACUACAAGCUCAUACUUCUGAGGCAGUGACACAGGAAUCUGUUGCGGAUAUACCCUGGUUGAGGAUCGUUGAGCCCAUACCUGCCUUCGUGUCAGCAUCACCGCAUACUAACAUUCCUCAGCCACCAUUAUGUAGCAGUUUACAAGUGGGAACCAACAUCCCAGAGAAGAGGACGCCACGCUCUGCUGAAGAUGGGCGAGCAAUAAUACAAGCUUGGCUGAAGAAGUUACCCUUCUCAGCAGGAGUUGCUCAGGUAGCACACACGCAAGUCUGCCAGACAGACACAAGGCUGCCAAAGGCAAUGACCACAAUACAGGCUUGCAAAAGUCAAGUAGGCCUACCACAAAGAAUCACAGCUACAACAACACCGUGCCAGAGCCAAGCAGGCCUAAGACAAGCAUUACCAACUGCAACCAUUCUUCGUAAUAAAUCUGUGCCUUCUAAGGCGGCUCUUGAUACAAGAGGUCCCCACCUGCAUCAGACAGGGCGCACACAAACAGGUAAAGAUCUGAUACAAUAUUCCUGUAUUCAAAAGGAGCCUUUACAAAAAAUAGAUACCACAAAGGAGAUAUGUCUUCUUCAGAAAGAGCCCUCCCAAGCAGUUAUCAACAGAAGAGAACAGUGUUACAGCGAACAACGCCCCCCAGAGGUAAACACAGAAAAAAUACCCUUUUACAGUCAGAAUAAACUCCCACAGACAAAGACUGCAACAACAACGUCCAAUUUAAAUAAAGCAGAACCAACACCUGCACUGAUCAUGGCUAAAAAAUCCGGACAAAAUAAAAAACAAUCCUUACACACAGGAGCCAGCCCAUCAGAAGCUUGCAGCAAGCACAGGUCCUUACACACAGAAAAUAGCUCACCAAUCCUUUCCCUUAGUCAGAGGUUCUCAGAGAGAGAGACUGGUUCACCAGAACCUUGCCUUAGUGCCAUAGAAAUUGAUCAUAGUCAUAUGUACAAAGUGACAGCAGCAGAGUCAGUAGAAUCUUGCCAUAGUCCAACCUCGUCACCACUGGUUCAAACUCACACGUCACUACCAGCCUCGUCACCACUGGUUCAGACUCUCACGUCACUACCAACCUCGUCACCACUGGUUCGGACUCACACGUCACUACCAACCUCGUCACCACUGGUUCAGACUCACACGUCACUACCAGCCUCGUCACCACUGGUUCGGACUCACACGUCACUACCAACCUCGUCACCACUGGUUCAGACUCUCACGUCACUACCAACCUCGUCACCACUGGUUCAGACUCACACGUCACUACCAGCCUCGUCACCACUGGUUCAGACUCUCACGUCACUACCAACCUCGUCACCACUGGUUGAGACUCACACGUCACUACCAACCUCGUCACCACUGGUUCAGACUCUCACGUCACUACCAACCUCGUCACCACUGGUUCAGACUCACACGUCACUACCAGCCUCGUCACCACUGGUUCAGACUCUCACGUCACUACCAACCUCGUCACCACUGGUUCAGACUCACGCGUCACUACCAACCUCGUCACCACUGGUUCAGACUCACACGUCACUACCAGCCCCGUCACCACUGGUUCAGACUCACACGUCACUACCAACCUCGUCACCACUGGCUCAGACUCACGCGUCACUACCAGCCUCGUCACCACUGGUUGAGAUUCACACGUCACUACCAACCUCGUCACCACUGGUUCAGACUCACACGUCACUACCAACCUCGUCACCACUGGUUCAGACUUACACGUCACUACCAGCCUCGUCACCACUGGUUCAGACUCACACGUCACUACCAACCUCGUCAUCACUGGUUCAGACUCACACUUCACUACCAGCCUCGUCACCACUGGUUGAGAUUCACACGUCACUACCAACUUCGUCACCACUGGUUCAGACUCACACGUCACUAACAGCCUCGUCACCACUGAUUCAGACUCACACGUCACUACCAGCCUCGUCACCACUGGCUCAGACUCACACGUCACUACCAGCCUCGUCACCACUGAUUCAGACUUACACGUCACUACCAGCCUCGUCACCACUGGUUCAGACUCACACGUCACUACCAACCUCGUCACCACUGGUUCAAACUCUCACGUCACUACCAGCCUCGUCACCACUAGUUCAGACUCACAUGUCACUACCAACCUCGUCACCACUGGUUCAAACUCUCACGUCACUACCAGCCUCGUCACCACUGGUUCAGACUCACACGUCACUACCAACCUCGUCACCACUGGUUCAAACUUUCACGUCACUACCAACCUCGUCACCAUUGGUUCAAACUCUCACGUCACUACCAGCCUCGUCACCACUGGUUCAGACUCACACGUCACUACCAACCUCGUCACCACUGGUUCAAACUCUCACGUCACUACCAACCUCGUCACCACUGGUUCAGACUCACACGUCACUACCAACCUCGUCACCACUGGUUCAAACUCUCACGUCACUACCAGCCUCGUCACCACUGGUUCAGACUCACACGUCACUACCAACCUCGUCACCACUGGUUCAGACUCACACGUCACUACCAACCUCGUCACCACUGGUUCAAACUCUCACGUCACUACCAGCCUCGUCACCACUGGUUCAGACUCACACGUCACUACCAACCUCGUCACCACUGGUUCAGACUCACACGUCACUACAAACCUCGUCACCACUGGUUCAGACUCAUACGUCACUACCAACCUCGUCACCACUGGUUCAGACUCACACGUCACUACCAACCUCGUCACCACUGGUUCAGACUCACACGUCACUACCAACCUCGUCACCACUGGCAGUGUCAGAAGUACUUGAAGAACCUGAUGUAGUGGCAGUGUCAGAAGUACUUGAAGAGCCUGAUGUAGUGGCAGUGUCAGAAGUACUUGAAGAGCCUGAUGUAGUGGCAGUGUCAGAAGUACUUGAAGAGCCUGAUGUAGUGGCAGUGUCAGAAGUACUUGAAGAGCCUGAUGUAGUGGCAGUGUCAGAAGUACUUGAAGAGCCUGAUGUAGUGGCAGUGUCAGAUGUGUGUGAAGAGCCUGAUGUAGUGGCAGUGUCAGAAGUACUUGAAGAGCCUGAUGUAGUGGCAGUGUCAGAAGUACUUGAAGAGCCUGAUGUAGUGGCAGUGUCAGAAGUGUGUGAAGAGCCUGAUGUAGUGUCAGUGUCAGAAGUACUUGAAGAGCCUGAUGUAGUGGCAGUGUCAGAAGUGUGUGAAGAGCCUGAUGUAGUGGCAGUGUCAGAAGCACUUGAGCCUGAUGUAGUGGCAGUGUCAGAAGUGUGUGAAGAGCCUGAUGUAGUGGCAGUGUCAGAUGUGUGUGAAGAGCCUGAUGUAGUGGCAGUGUCAGAAGUACUUGAAGAGCCUGAUGUAGUGGCAGCGUCAGAAGUACUUGAAGAGCCUGAUGUAGUGGCAGUGUCAGAAGUGUGUGAAGAGCCUGAUGUAGUGUCAGUAUCAGAAGUACUUGAAGAGCCUGAUGUAGUGGCAGUGUCAGAAGUGUGUGAAGAGCCUGAUGUAGUGGCAGUGUCAGAAGCACUUGAAGAGCCUGAUGUAGUGGCAGUGUCAGAAGUACUUGAAGAGCCUGAUGUAGUGGCAGUGUCAGAAGUACUUGAAGAGCCUGAUGUAGUGGCAGUGUCAGAUGUGUGUGAAGAGCCUGAUGUAGUGGCAGUGUCAGAAGUACUUGAAGAGCCUGAUGUAGUGGCAGUGUCAGAAGUACUUGAAGAGCCUGAUGUAAUGGCAGUGUCAGAAGUGUGUGAAGAGCCUGAUGUAGUGGCAGUGUCAGAUGUGUGUGAAGAGCCUGAUGUACUGGCAGUGUCAGAUGUGUGUGAAGAGCCUGAUGUAGUGUCAGUGUCAGAUGUGUGUGAAGAGCCUGAUGCAGUGGCAGUGUCAGAAGUACUUGAAGAGCCUGAUGCAGUGGCAGUGUCAGAAGUACUUGAAGAGCCUGAUGUAGUGGCAGUGUCAGAAGUACUUGAAGAGCCUGAUGUAGUGGCAGUGUCAGAUGUGUGUGAAGAGCCUGAUGUAGUGGCAGUGUCAGAAGUACUUGAAGAGCCUGAUGUAGUGGCAGUGUCAGAAGUACUUGAAGAGCCUGAUGUAGUAGCAGUGUCAGAAGUGUGUGAAGAGCCUGAUGUAGUGGCAGUGUCAGAUGUGUGUGAAGAGCCUGAUGUACUGGCAGUGUCAGAAGUACUUGAAGAGCCUGAUGUACUGGCAGUGUCAGAUGUGUGUGAAGAGCCUGAUGUAGUGUCAGUGUCAGAUGUGUGUGAAGAGCCUGAUGCAGUGGCAGUGUCAGAAGUACUUGAAGAGCCUGAUGCAGUGGCAGUGUCAAUUUCUUUGAGUGGAAAUGCAGUGAAAGAGUUGAAAAACAGUUGUAAUGAAGAGGCCUCUACAGUGCUGAAAAAUGCCUUUGGUAGUGCAUUAGUAAGGAGCUGUGACAUGAGAGAGAGAUCAGCAGUAAGAGAGCCAGUGAGAAGCCCAGCAGGUACGUUGGAUGUCACCCCAACUACCAGUUUAGUAGGUCGAUGCUCUCGAGUCAGUGAACGAGCAGCAUUGAUCACCCGCCAGCAGAAAGAAGGGACACAAUCCCACCGACGGUCCACCAGGUUCCCCCUGGAUAUUGUCUGUUGCACUAAGCUUCAGCAGCAACAACAGAAGACUAGUGAACACUCCUCAGGGCUUACUAGACACAGACUCUUAUCUCUGGGUCAUGUGCCCCGAAUCCCUGCUAGCUAUUCUGACGAUGGUGCUAGAUCUAAGUCCGUAUCUGGCAUUAGUUGCAACUUGUCCAACCAUGUACCUGUAUAUACACAAGUACUGGCCACCAAUGAUACUACAAGAGAAGAACCAGAUAGCAGAUUCGAGAAUGACAGAGAAUUAUCGCCUGUCCCUUCUCCACCUAUUCUUCCACUGGACCCUGUUUUGGAAAAUAAAAUCAAGCUAACCAUAGAUUCUUUCACAGACAGUCUGUUGAAUGGCAGCCCACAACCUCCAGCAUUGGUGGCGAUUCCAGUGAUAAGCGCUGAAACAGCUGACAGACAUAAGAAUAUCCCCAGGGAUGGGGUGACUUCACAACCAAGUAGAACUGAAACUCCACCUCGAUGUUCGAAAGACAUUCCUGAUAAUUUGAAUAGCUUUUUAAUGGAACACGAGCAACAUCAGAAACUGGAACAAGCAAAACAUAAGCAAGGACAAGAGGAGCAAGAUGAGGGACAAAAGAAGCAGAUGCAGCAAGGCAAGCAGGAAGAGGAACAAAACAUGUGGGAGAAGGAACAAAAAAAACUGAAGCAGGAACAAGAGGUGGAACAGGGACCUGAAAAGCAGAAGCAUGAGUCUGAGGGGCAGGAACAAGAGAAUGAGAAACAGGAAGUAGGGAAGCAAGAUGAACAGCAAAAAGGACAACCUGCACAGAAGAACCGUAAUGAAGUGACAAGUGAGGGUAUAGAGCACUGGCCACAAAUGCCUGCUGCUGUCAUAUUGAUGACCCAGAAGACAUCUCAGUUAGAUCAAACUGCUAAUCAGGAGCAUCCCCACUCCUUCCGAACAUCCUCCACACUCAUGAAUCAUGAAUACAAUCUUCUCUACAUAGAUGAAUGUGAGUCUGGCAUAGACUUGUCUCUUCUGGGGAAUGAAAAAGCACCAGAUGUUUCUGUUGAUAUAAGACAAGACUGGAAUAGACUAGAAGAUACAACUGACACUGAAAGUGCUGAUGACCAUUGUACACUAAGUCAGCACAUUGAUGGUACAUCUGAACUUUUACCUUCACACUUGCCAACCCUAAAGCCAAGGAUAACCUUCACUGACAGUUGUGAUGGGGUGCAUUUCUCUCUUAUUGAAAAACCUAUUACCACUAACAGCUCAGCUGAUGAAAGUGAAUAUAGUGACUCUGUGGAUAGUGGAGGUGAGAUGCAUUACCAGCUUGAUGGUAUUAAGAGUACUAAUGCAGCUUUAUCUUUGUUAGGAGUCACAUGUAGUGAAGGCAACCCUUCCCUUGAAAGAGAUGACUCGGUAGAGGAGUAUGAGCAGGCUCUGGAAGUGGUCACACCAGAUCCUAGUCAUGGUUUUAGCCACAGUUCUGCCAGCAUUGCUACAGUAGUGCGUGUGGACACCCCUGCUGACUGCCACAAUCACCCACUCCCUGCCUAUGAGGAUCCUGAGGAUGUAUUCCUCGAUGCUAGCGAUACCUUAGAGUUUGCCAAAGGUGUAGUUGAGAUUAUGGAGGGUAUGUCUGACCCUGAGCUCAUAUAUCAGACCCACACCAGUUCCCCAGCAAACACUCAGCUUACUUCUUUUACAACUCUUGCCCAAGAAGUGGUAGCUUCUGGGGCAUUAUCAGUGAGCACAUCUGACAUUCAUUCUUCAGACACCUCAUGUGUAUCAUCAGUAUACAUGCUUAGCACCCACUCGGGUGGCAUAUCAAGUACUUUGUCAGUAAGUGCCUCUGGAGGGGCAUCAGAACUUAUACUUCAAAACACACAUCAUCUACCUGUUGCCACCCAGAGAACAGGGAGUGAGGUGCCUGAAGAUGGUUCUGCAUCAUCAGGCCACAUUACUGAUCCUGAUAUGCUAGCUUCUGCUUCAGCAUCAUCAACGGGAUCUGAAGCCUGGUGGACCUCCGGUGGAGGCCCCAUAGCACAGCGUGACCUGCUGCCUCUAGAUGAAGACAAAGAGGAGGCACAAUGGCGGGCACUUCUUGCUCUCAAGGAACCAGAGAGUGAAGAGGAUCCUACAGGCUAUGAGAGUGAUGAAGACUUUGAUUCCGUUGAUGCAGACAUGCGCCGGCUUGAGGAGAAGCUUAAGAAAUUUGAGAGAGAACUAGGUGAGGAUAAUGAAGAAGAGGGUGACACUAGAGACAUAGAAGUUGGGUGUAUGACUGAAGCUUCAGCACUAAGAUCUCAAGAUCUCGAGAAUCUCAGAGGGUUCCUACUGUCACAUGUCUUCCCAGCAGUGCUUUCUGCUAAGACCAAACAUCUAAGCCUUAUGACCCGACUGGAGGUUCAGGAAUAUGAGGAUUCUGCCAGUGAGGAUGAGAGUGAUUCUGAAGUUGUUUCUUCAAGUGAUUCUGCUGACUUCCUCUUUGUCAAAACCAAAAUCAAGCUCAAGCCAGGCGAGCGCAAGUGCCGUUCUUUGGAUGGGAAGCGAUCUAAAGAUUACAAUAUUUUAAACAGGUCUCGUGAAAAUAAAAGAAAACAUAGUAAGGUGCGAGAUCAUUCAUGUGCUUGUGAAGAACAACUGGAUUUGAGUAGUUUAAAUUUACCAGUGACCACACUGGAGGAGGAGGUUGUGAGUAGUAGUGUUCCUGAGACUCGACACCCUAGAGUGAGUGACCAUGUGAGUGAAAGUGUUACACAUAAAGACUGUGUAGCACAUGAUAGUCCAGCCUCCACAUAUGUGGGUAGUGGUGACAUUGGACACAUGGAAGCCAGCAGAGAGGAGACUAGAUGUGCCUUGCUCUAUGGUGGAGAUCAUUCACUUCUGGGUUACAUCUGGCAUGAAGAUGAUGGUAUGUCUUCUGUUGACUUUGAGGGAUUUGAAGACUUUCAGAGCUUAGGACAGGGAGCUCUGAUGAUAAUGUUUGAGGAUGAUGAUGAAGAUUUGUUCGUUGAAGAGCCUAGUGAUGAUAUUUUAAGUGAACCUGAGGAUGCAUUGCAUCACCAGCAACAUCCUGAAGAAUACCUAGUUGAGGGAAGUGAGUGUGAAGGGGAGCCAGGCUCUUCCAGAGAGUCGGAUUGUUCUGCCUUGCCUAGUGGUUCUCAACGACCCCAGAGAGGCUCAGAGAAAACUUUUGUAGCUGCAUUCAAGAACAGCUUAAGAAAAGCUAGUAAAUAUUUGGCCCCUAGGAGCGACACUGAGAUGAAAAAGGCAAACCAGAAUACUAGACAGCCACAUGAAGUCUUGCAGCAUGAAUGUUCCCAGCACAAUAAGAGGGCCAAUUUUUGCAUUCCUCAGUGUCUUUCACAUUUAGAUAGAGGAUGCUCCAUGGGAGUAGACAAAGAGAGCUGUGCUGGUGUUUACAACGUGAAAAGUGGUCGGGUUGCUACUGUAGUGACACACAUCCCGACUAGUGACAGUGACGGUCCUGAUACUUACUAUAGCUCUGGGGAGUACUAUGCUGCCCCAGCCUUCUGCAUCAAUACAUCAGAUGAAGACCCACCUCCGGUUGCAACACCCACCUUUCACCAGGAAGAUCACUUCCAACCCCUCAAAAGUCAUACUCUCGAUAAUAGCAUUUACACUCAGGAAAGCUCUGGUGGGCCACCAGUCCCGCCUCCACGCUGGGUGCAACGCAAACUCAACACAUCCCGUGACACCAACACUGGUGGCCACCGACUUCCACCAUCUUCCAGUAGACAUGAAAAUUUUUCCCAUCCUACGACUGCUGUGUUGUCACAACCCACCAUGCCCUUAACUCUCCCUACAAACACACAGGACUUGCCCAGUACCCAUCCUUACUCUCCUGUAGAAAUCUCAACUGAUGUAAAAGAAAUGCAAUUUUAUCUGGUUGGUACUCCAAAUUGCAAGGCAGCAGAGGGUGAGAAUCAUUUGCCAGUGAUGGAGCAAGGUGUGAGUGAAGGGAAGGGGAAAGUCGAGGAGUCUUACCAAGAAAUUUUUCCACUUCUUCCAGCUCCCCCACAGUAUAGUAAUAGCUUUGCACCUGGCAGUACCUGGCUGCCAGAAAACUACCCAUGCUAUACCAGUAACUAUUCGUGCACAAUUCCCAACCAUAGAACUGAAAGGGGUGAGGUGGAGCCUCCUUUGGGUUAUCCUCUUCCUGCAAAUGAGGUUUCCAUGGGAUACCCACUUCUUGCAAGUGAGGCUUCCCUGGGAUACCCACUUCCUACAAGUGAUGUAUCACUGGGAUACCCAUUUCCCACAUGUGAGACUUCUCUUGGGCACCCAGUUCCUGUGAGUGAGGCUCUCUCUGCCUUGCCCUCCCAUAAACCCACCUCCGUGAAACAGCUUAAGCGCAGACAACAAGAAAAGUUACUAAUCGAGAAACCCAUGGAAGGUGACGAGUGCACCUUCUGCUCGGAUACGCCAGUGCCGCCACCACUGCUGCCGCUGCCACAGGUGCAUGCUGGAACAACACAAGACUGUGGCCACUGGUGCCAAGCCAGCCUACACCCCCGAGGCGUCAGUGAUCGCCGCUCCUGGCCUCCCAGAGUAAGUUGCUUAGUGUCACUCACAUGCAGGAGCCUACCCACCCUUGUCUGCUGCAGUGUUACUUCCCACCUGCAGACACCCACAUUCAUGCCUCAACCUUCCCUUUCCUCGCAUGGGGCUUCCAAUGCUGCUGUCUGCUGCCACCACCACUCUAAUUGUGUUCUCCCUCUGAGUAUUUUUCCAGCACCUGCACACACUGUGCUCAGCAGUGGUGACUCACAGCUAAGCUUCAGUGAGAAACCUACAUACACCUCCUCCUAUCGCUCCCCAGGACAAACCUCUUCCAUAGAGUCUGACAGUGAACCUUACUGGACUCCGGUGGCACGCCUGGGCAUCAAUCACAAUGGCUCUGUGACCACUCGUACGAGAGCCAUAGUAGUAGACUCUUUUCCCUCGGUCACCCCUGCAUUAACUACUGACUCCUGGAUACCCUCAGUGGAGGCCAACCCCAGCAGCUACCCUCAUGCCCAGACUCCUCAACUAACCUCAGAGCUUGGACAACCCAUAAAGAAACAGGCACCAUCAAGCUUAGACAGUCAUCAUGCUACACUAACCAAUGAGUCUUGGAGACUCAUAACCAGUUGCUGCCUGAAGGAAGGCGAGCAAGCUUCUCACCUUACUAACUACAGGAUGCCUAUAUUGGACUCCCAUUCCUACAAGUACCUGGAGCACACCAAUAACCAAGAUACUACUGUCUCGUUUCCCUUACCACCAAAGCCCCGUAGUGCCUCUACUUCCACCGUCUCCUGCCUGGAGGCUAUCCUCCCACUAACACCCUCGCUACCAACAUCUCACACUGCCUGCAGCUGCCCACUACUAAUUUUUAUGAGCAGCCUCGACUCUGGUGGCGACCAGGUUUCAUCAGACUCUGGGGGUGCUUGUAGCCAUACCCAGGGUAGUGCCGCCCACACACGCCCUCCCAUGGCAUCGUGUUGGUCCACCUCAUCCAUGGAGGGUAACCCUUACUUCAAGUAUAGUGCUUCUGAGAGUGAAAUGGAUAGUGGCUAGUUACUGGGUAGUGGCAGCAGCAGGAGCAGUGAGAGUGCAGUGCAAGACACAGUGGUGUUGGUGAAGUCACCCAGGGCAGUGGAGGACAGGUGGUGCUGUCCUUGUAUGUAAACAAACCCGUCUACAUGUUGUAGCCUAUCAGGACACUACCACCACCACCUCUACAACACCCACCCCUCCACCACUCCAGUUCCUCCACCACUCCAGUUCCUCCAUCAGCUUCUGAUCAUUCCUUACAACUGAAUGCUGAUAAUUCCUCUUUCUGUGAUAUCAUGGAUUUUGAAACAUAUUUCUUUGGAAAGUUGCUAACAGUAUAUAUUUUCACUUGUUUCAGAAAUGAUCGAGGAGUGUGUCAACGCUGGCACAUGAGGGGAAAUAUUAUGUCCAGUUUUAAAAUAAAUGUAUUUAUGUAGAUU